AUGACUAGAAUAUACAAAAAAUACAUAAUAAAUAGUUUUAAAAGAGUAUAUAGUACUUUUUUUGAAAAGAAUGAGGAAAAAAUAGAUCUUAUUAAUGAAUUAAAAGCACGUGGACUUAUAGAAGUAAUGUCAAGCGGAUUAGAAUCUAAGAAAAAAAUACUCACGGAUCAGGUCUCAGUAUAUAUGGGUGUAGAUCCGACAGCGGCAUCACUUCAUAUUGGGAAUCUUGUUACAUUAUUAUCUCUUUUUCACUUCUAUUUAAGGGGGCAUAAUUGUUAUAGCAUAGUUGGUGGUGGAACGUCUCGUAUAGGUGAUCCGUCAGGUAGAACAAAGCAAAGGAAAGCAUUAAAAUUGGAUUUUAUAUCUGAAAAUGCACUAAAAAUUGAGAAUCAGCUUAAUUCUUUUUUCAAAAAUGGUUUAAUAUAUGCACUUAAACGAGGAUAUAAAGCUUCAAAUGUCGGAAAAUAUUACAUUAUGAAUAAUUUAGAAUGGUAUGAUGGGUUUUUACUUUUUGAUUUUUUAAAAAUAGUUGGAUCGAACAUAAGGGUAGGAGAAAUGCUUGCAAGAGAAAGUGUGAAAAAUCGACUUAAUUCAGAUCAAGGAAUAAGCUAUGCUGAAUUUACAUACCAAUUACUUCAAGCAUAUGAUUUUUAUUAUUUAAAUCAGAAUUACAACGUUUCAAUACAAAUAGGAGGAAAUGAUCAAUGGGGAAAUAUUGUUGCAGGAAUAGAACUUAUUAAUAAAAUAAAUAAUCUAAAAAGCGAAGAAGGGAAUUCAGUGUCUGCAGUACAGCCAUAUGGAGUUACUGUACCUUUAUUACUUAAAAAAAAUGGAGAAAAAUUUAGUAAAAGUAUAGGUGAUACUAUUUGGCUUAACUCUGAUAUGACUACUCCAUAUCAACUUUAUCAAUUCUUUAUACAAUCUUCUGAUGAAAUUGUUGAAAAAUAUUUAAGAAUUUUUACACUACUUCCUUUAGAUACUAUUUCUGAAAUUAUAGAACAGCAUUUUGAUAGUCCAGACAAACGUUAUGCACAACAUAAACUUGCAGAAGAAGUUGUUAUGUUAAUUCAUGGACAAGAAGAAAUGGAAAAAUCUAAAAUGGCAACGCAAUUAUUAUUUUCAGAUAAAGAAAGGAAUAAAUUAGAAAUUUCUCAUAUUUUCGAAAUGUUUUCAAAUAAAAAAGAUAUUAUUACUUUAAAUAAGGAAAAAGUUAUUGGAAAAACGGUACCUGAAGUUAUAAAAGAAUCGGGUGUUUUAACACAAAUAAACAAAUUACUUCAAGGUGGUGGAAUAUAUACUAUUAAAGAAAAAAUAACUAGUCCGUUUAUACAAAUUACAGAAGAUUGGCUUAUGGAAGGGAAAGUUCUUAUUUUUAAACUAGGGAAAAAACGGCAUAUAGUAAUUAACGUAAUAUAG